GGUGAGGGUACAUUCGGCAGGCAAAACUGAAUACCGGCAGCAUGGAGUCUCAAGUUCUCGAGUCAUUAUGGGAAAUACCUAAUAUUUCCUGCACAAAGGAUACGGGUAAAAAUCCCUAUGUUUCUUUGGAGGUUCCAGUUAAGUGAAAAAGGUGCCCGCCCGUAGUGGUAAAUACAGGUUUAGCCGGUCGCGCCAACUCUCCUUGCUCCCUUGAAACUCGAACCCCAAGUUCUGGAUAGCCAUGGCAUCUCGUUUUAGAGGAACAGGGGGCAGUGGGCAUUUGAGCACCGACGCCAGUAUCUCGUUCUAAUGAAGUCUGCGAGGUACAUGUACAUCCAUUAUACACAGUCUCCUAAUUGCACGAAGACGGAGAUGAGGUGCUGAUCUACGAUUUCGCACCCGCAAGGCCCUUCGAUGUAAUUCUCGCCAAGCUCCUCACGACGGUUGACCAACUUGUCCCUCUGCCCCCCAUCGCGUCGUUUCCCGUAAAUAAGAGAUAAUUUUGUUUGCGACCGCUAAUAUAUCCGAGAGUGGAGAGUAACGGUGGUGUGGAAGGUCACAAGGCUGUUAUAAUGAACCCCUCUACCGACCCCUCGAAAUCCUUGGAUUCUUUCCAAGCUGUCCCUGGUCCAGCACAAGCUGGUGAGGAUGGGGCGCUGACACUCCCUGGCGCGGCAGUUGUCUCGAACACAGCAACGAAUAAACUGGAGACCACAAAAUUUGUCGAAUCAAGUAAAGAAGGAAGAUCACCGGUCUCGGAUUUUGACGAGUUUGGAUUACCUAUUCGGGCCCCUAGCCAGUCCCCACGGCCAAGCAAGCAUGAACCACCAGACACGGCGAGUCGGUCGAAGCCCGUAAAUAACAAUGUGGUAACUCCGCCAGUUUCUAACGAAAGCACACAAGAAUCACGAUUAUCGAAAAAUGAUGCAGGACCGUUCACCGCUGCAUCGGAUAUUACGACUCAGGAGCGAAAUGUUUCGCAGCCAACUUCAACUGCCAGCGUCUCCAAAAAACCGGAGGACUUACCAACAAUAGAUCCCCUACGUGGGUCGAAACAGCCUGACGCACCAGAGAACUCAAACAAGCCUCAGUCCCAAACCUCAGAAAUUUCAAGAAACCACAAACGCGGGCCAAGCGCGGCAGUUAUUUCCGAAUGGUCACAUCAGCGUAUUGUUGUAGAGGAGGAGGAGGAUGAGGUCAAUGAAAAUGACAAUGUUGAUGAAGAUGACUGGAAAGAUAUGCCCGCUUUGGGGGAAUUUGAUAUCUAUGACGACUACGGUAGGAUUGUUGCUCGCGGAGCUGCACUGGAGGACGAUGCAGCUGUAUACCAGGGGUUGGGAGGUGCUGGAAGGGGGUACACUCGGGUCCAGAUCGACGAAGAUGCGCAGUCAGUCACGAGCCUAGAUGACGAUACUAAAUACCUUUUUAAGGAGCCGGAGAGUAAUGCGAUUGGGGUGGAAGACGAACAACGGGAUCCUCUCGCGCAACUACAGGCCACGAAAGAUCUUCUAACGGAAGGACAAAGAAUUGCGUACGUUGGAGUGACAAGACUAAUGAUCUAUCAAAUGGUAAAAGAGUUUGAGACUUUUCGGCCAUCAAGAUCCUCGAAAAAAUAUAUCGCCUCAGCCAUCGAUUCCAUGGCCAAGUGGGGUCAGCAGAUGAUGAUACGACUCUAUGCACAUAUGGAUAUAGAUUCUGCGGAACAAAUAAUGAUCGAGCAGCUAGCAGAACAUGGUGUCCAGCCGACAGAUCUUGUCCCGCCGCUUAUGCAAAAUUCGCGAGUUAAAAACCCUCUGUGUAGCGAGUCUACUUCGACCAGACCGCCCACUUCAUCAGCAGUCCACAUGGAAAAGUCCCUUGGCUCAAGUGACACAUCUGUAGCUUCUGAACAAUGUUCGUUGCCACCAACACCACCCCCUCCAUACGAAAUUCACGCCGAUGAAGAUUUACCAAACGUCAAGUCCCCGUCUGAAAUGCCGACGUCAGAAAAGAUCGACAUCGAUCUUCGAUGGACUGUACUCUGCGACCUCUUUUUAGUACUUCUUGCUGACUCAACAUAUGAUGCUCGCUCACGACGAUUACUGGAACGAGUUGGAGAUGCCUUAGAUGUGUCCUGGUCGCAAAUAUGCCGGUUUGAAAAGCGGGUGAUUGAUGCUUUGGAAAUGCAGGAGGAGAAAAGUAAAGAGACCUGGGAUGAGGCAGAACAUAUGGAAGCGCGACGGAAACAAGCCUUAAAGAAAAGAUAUAUGAUCAUGGGCCUUGCAACAGUUGGUGGAGGCCUGGUAAUUGGCCUUUCAGCAGGAUUACUCGCUCCAGUUAUCGGUGCAGGUCUUGCCGCUGGGUUUACUACCAUCGGAGUCACGGGGACUGGCGCCUUCCUGGGAGGUGCUGGGGGAACAGCACUUAUUGCAUCGGGUGCUACUCUUACCGGUGGAACAAUUGCAGUCAGAGCGUCUCAUAGAAGAACCGGUGCUGUGAAAACGUUUGAAUAUCGCCCCUUACAUAAUAAUAAGAGGGCUAACCUUGUUGUUACUGUUUCUGGAUGGAUGACUGGAAAGGUUGACGAUGUCCGAUUACCAUUCAGCACUGUCGACCCUAUCAUAGGCGAUAUCUAUUCCGUCCUUUGGGAACCGGAGAUGCUUCAAAGUAUGGGGGAUACAAUUAAUAUUCUCGCUACAGAGGCUCUCACUCAAGGUCUUCAGCAAGUCCUAGGAAACACAAUCCUUGUUGCUCUAAUGGCAUCUUUACAACUCCCAAUUGUGCUAACUAAGCUUUCAUAUUUGAUUGAUAAUCCGUGGAAUGUGUCCCUAGUCCGUGCCAAUGCAACCGGUCUCAUUAUGGCUGAUUCCAUCAUGGCUCGAAACCUUGGCAAUCGACCGAUAACCUUGAUAGGUUUCUCUCUGGGAUCACGCGUAAUUUUCUCUUGUUUGAAAGAGCUUGCGAGCAAGGGUGCCCAUGGACUAAUUCAAAACGUCUAUCUGUUCGGUUCGCCAAUCGUUGCAAAUAAAGAUGAGUAUACGAAGGCGCGAAGCGUCGUAUCGGGCAGGUUUGUGAAUGGCUAUGCUUCCAAUGACUGGAUUCUUGGGUACCUAUUCCGAGCAACCAGUGGUGGAAUUAUGCGGGUAGCCGGCCUUGCACCUGUUGAGAAUGUUCCUGGCAUUGAAAAUAUGGAUGUGACACAGUUCGUCAACGGGCACAUGGCCUAUCGCGCGGCGAUGCCAAGAUUACUACGUGAACUAGGAUGGGAAGUUGAGAGCGAUGAGUUUACCGAAAUCGAAGAUCCUGACCCAGACAAGCAUUCAGAAAGACAACGAGAGUUGAUUCGUGAAAUUGACGAAGCACGGAAAGAAGCAGAAGCAGAACCAGACAAAGCUAAGUUUGGUUUCUUUAAGCGUGGGAAACUGGCCCGAAAGAAGGGGUGGGAAACUUAUGACGUUGAUCGGAAGGACCACUCUUCGCGCGAAAGUAGCCUCGGUUCUGCCUCUGAUAAUGUUCUAUUUGAUAUCGAUGCUAUCCGCGCCGAGCUAGCAUCGGAGCAAAUGGAAGUGAAGCAGCUAGAAUCCACUUUGCCCCCAAUAAAAAUUGAUCUCAAUUCGCCGCCCCCUCUACCUCGAUAUUCGUCGAGUGAAAAACCAUCAGGGGGUACUGAGACGCCUUCGAAUACAGAGAUGCCCACAGCCAAUGACCUUCAUUGUUCACCCUCAAAAGCACCAUCGAGUAAUUUUGGGAGCCGGCAUGACUCAGUUGAGCGCAAUCACGACGGCCAUGACGACCAGAUACAGAUGACGUUUGAUUCAUCAUAUGCCAGCCCUCCUUCACACUCACCGCCGGCAUCGUCGUCGUCCUUAUCCCACGACUUGUCCCGUGACUUAUCCUUUAUGAAUUUAUCACCAUCACCAAUACCGUCCAGCGGAGUCAGCCCAAGAUUUGGCAGUAUUAAUCUCAGUCAUAACGCCUGGGCCGAUGACGAUUACAAUGAACGAAAAGACGGAGAUAUGAAGAUGACUUUUGAAUAGGGAAUAGCAUUCGGGGGCGCUUGGUUUUUUCUUGUUUUGUUCCUUUCCUUCCGCUCAUUCGGCUGAUGUAUAUGAUUUCUACUUACAUACAGUCGCUCCCUGUAUUACAUUUUUUGCAUAUAUCCUUUACACCACACUUGUUUUGAACCUAAUCAAUAUAUAUACAUAUUUUUAGAUGGAUGGCAAUGUCUUUCAAUGUUUGCCGCGGUGUUACUCUAUGAAUCCCACAUGGUGCUAGGGAGUCCAUUUAUCGUCCAUGACUGGCUGCCCAAUGACUUCGACAUUUUUCUUUUAGAACGUGGGUAUGUCCUUUUACCUAUUUUGAUUUCCGUGGAUCAGAUAUCUAUACGGUACAUUUAAGCCCCAUAUUCUCGCAAAAGACUGGUUAAUAGAUGUUGUGUUCUUGAUUGUGCGAACACUUUUUCUUCAAAUAUUCGAGCCAAAUGCUCAGGAGGUAUGUUUAGUGUAAUGAACUCUCAUGUGUA